CGUGUUCUGUCGAUCUGGGCAAGCGGGUCGGGGUACUACUACUCCGGUGAAUUACGUACCUUACGAACACGGGCACCGGUUUCGACAUGGCCCGUAAUAAGUCCCGUGGGGAGGAGCGCGGAAUUCGGCUUCCAACGGCUCUCUAUGGCGGAAAGCGAGGUGCCCAUCGCCAGGCGUAGUAUACGUGACUGGAACCCGCAAGGUGCAUUGCACCGUUGAGACUGCCUGGGAAAAUGCUCCUUGCCUCAGGAAACUCACGUACCUUAGUUUGUCAAGUGCGAGCACUGGCGUGUCACAUUCCUGCACAGUUCUUUUUGCAACUUGGCCAGUGAUGAUCAAGAUGACGACUAAACCGAUAUCAAAGCCAAAGCUGGAUGAGGUCUAUGGCUUCGCCAUACAGCUCGGUAAGGACGCUGGCAAGCUCCUCCUCGACGCUGCCCAGGCCAGAAUCGGCGGCAAUGACUCGAGCGGACAAGAUUUCUGCGAGAAGGACAGCGCGGUCGACAUCGUGACCAAGACGGACGAGGCCGUUGAAACGUUCAUUAGAAGACGCAUUACUCAAACACACCCAACCCAUGCAUUUGUCGGUGAAGAGAGCUACUCCAAGGGCUCGUCCCGCGCCUACCUCAUCGACGAUGCCACGCCGACCUGGUGCGUAGACCCGCUGGACGGAACGGUCAACUACACGCAUCUCUUCCCCAUGUUCUGCGUCUCCAUCGCCUUCGUCGUCGGCGGCAAGCCCGUCAUCGGCGUGAUCUGCGGCCCCUUCCUCAACCAGCUCUCCACCGCCUGCCGCGGCCGUGGCGCAUGGCUGAACGAGACCCUGCCGCUGCCGCUGGCCCGGAACCCAAUACCGCCGAUGCCCCCGAACGCGCCGAGCCGCUGCAUAUUCUCGUGCGAGUGGGGCAAGGACAGGAAAGACACGCCCGGCGGGAAUCUGCACCGGAAGGUGGACAGCUUCUUGAACAUGGCUGCUGAGAUAGGGGGUCGGGGAGGAAAAGGGAGCAUGGUCCACGGUGUGCGGAGCCUAGGCAGCGCAACCAUGGACCUUGCCUACACGGCGAUGGGAGCCUUCGAUAUCUGGGAGGGAGGGUGCUGGGAAUGGGACGUCGCAGCCGGCAUCGCCAUCCUCCAAGAAGCGGGCGGCUUGAUCACGACAGCAAACCCUCCCGAGGAUCCCCCCAGCGCACGAAUCGAGGAUGCGAAACUGGGGAGUCGCCUAUACCUGGCCGUCUGGUGA